GGGACACUUAGAAGAGUGAUAUUAUUUACAGGAGAGUUGGUGAUUUUGCACAGAUCAGCCAGUGGUCUAAUAACCGAUCAUCAGGAUGUUUCCAUUACACCGAAUUUCCAUUUUCUUUGGAACAAUUUAAAGUGUUUGCCAAAUGCUUUAAAACCCCAUGGAGCUACAUAUUUGCAGGAAACACAAUGGGUUGUAUUUAUGCAUGAAGGAAAAUGUUCCAGGCGCCUUUUCUCUUAGUAACAAAGUGUAACACUUUGGUCUUUUGACCAAUCAGUUUAGAGCCUUGAGCAGACGGUAUAAAUUAGAGGCGGUUGCCGUGGAGACGCCUGACACUGAAGAGUUGAACGCAAGAACCCGUGAUAUUUCGUAAGGAAAAACGUGUGAUGAAAACUACAUUGAAGCAAAGCAUACCACAAACUCUCUCCCCCUCCAUGGCCUUUGGACAGCGCGAUGUCUGAUGUGAAAGUCUGUCCCACUGUGAGCGGAAAUCCCCCUCCGCCAGAGGUCAUAAAUCCCAAGAGCCCUGGACGUGUAACCAAUCAGCUACAGUACCUGGAGAAGGUGGUGAUCAAAGCUUUAUGGAGGCAUAACUUUUCAUGGCCCUUUCACCAGCCAGUUGAUGCAGUGGCACUGUGUCUCCCAGAUUAUUAUACAAUUAUUACAAAGCCUAUGGAUCUGAGUACUAUUAAGAAGCGUCUUCAGAACAACUACUACUGGCAAGCGCUUGAUUGUAUACAAGACUUCAACACCAUGUUCACCAACUGCUAUGUGUACAAUCGGCCUUCAGAUGACAUUGUUUUUAUGGCACAGACCCUGGAGAAGCUUUUUUUGCAGAAAUUAUCACAAAUGCCUAAGGAAGAGUAUGAAGUUACAGCAAUCGCAACAAAAGAACCAGUGAAAGGGAGAAACACCAAUACAGGUGCAAUAAAGCAGAGAUCCCUUGUGUCAGAAGUUGUUCUCCAGCAAACUGUGACGGUCAUUCCACCUGAUGUGCCUCAAUUCAUGCCACCCAUUGUGCUCUCUGCACAAAUUGAUGAAACACUUAAAAAAGGUUUCAAGAGGAAAGCAGAGCCCACAACAUCCACCAUCUCCAUCAGCAGCAGUGAGGUGUCACAUGCUGAGGAUCGCUCAGCACCCUGCACCUUAUUCUCCAGGAAAAGGCCCAUCAAACCUCCAAAGAAAGACCUGCCUGCCUUUGAGUGCAAGAAGGUCAGACUGUCUGAGCAGCUCCGGUGCUGUAAUGACAUCCUAAAGGAGAUGCUGUCGAGGAGACACUACGCAUACGCAUGGCCCUUUCAUACCCCCGUUGACUCGGUUGCUUUGUGCCUGCACGACUACCAUGACAUCAUCAAGCAGCCUAUGGACCUGGGCACCAUCAAGAACAAAAUGGAUCAUCGAGAGUAUGCAAACGCAAAGGAUUUUGCCGCUGAUGUCCGACUGAUGUUCUCCAACUGUUACAAAUAUAAUCCGCCUUCGCAUGAGGUCGUCUACAUGGCAAGAAAACUGCAGUGUUUGUAUCCGCAGGAGAUUUUUGAGGCCCGAUAUUUGAAGGUUCCUCAAGAUGCAGAGAGCUGUUCCAUACCUCAUCAGCGAACUGAAAAGGGACAGGGAGACGGAGUCACAAGUGCGUCAACAUCACCAAGUUCUGAAAGCGAAAGCUCCUCAGAGACAGCGAGUCCAUCAGAAGAGGUGGCCACGCAGCUGGCCAAUCUACAGGAGCGGUUGAAAGCUGUCAGUGAUCAGCUGAAGAGACUUACCCAAGAGCCCCUGAUGAAACCGAAGAAGAAAGCCAAAUUGAAAAAGGAAAAAAGAGCCAAAGAAAAGGACAUUGCCAGACUAAAGCACAAAUCCUCCAAAUACAAAUCUAUUGUAGAAAAAAUGACCAACCGCAAGAGCUCUACUGUGCAUGGCAGCAGACACAAUAUUCAUGGAGUACCUUUAAAAUGUGAGGAUGAGGUCCCAUCAAAACCAGUGACUUACCAGGAGAAGAAGCAGUUGAAAUCUGACAUCGACAAGCUUCCCGGCGACAAACUGGGCAAGCUGGUGAACAUCAUUCAUGCCAGGGAGUCCUGUCUGCGGGAUUCUACUCUAGAGGAGAUUGAGGUGGACUUUGAUUUGCUCAAGCCUUCCACACUCCGAGCUCUGCAGAGGUUCGUUGCUGUAUGCCUGAGGAAAUGCAACAAGAAUAUUAACAAAAAAAAGCUGCUGAAGCCCACAGGAGGAGUACAGACUGGGAAAGUAAAGAAUGCUGGGAUAGCUCAAGUUGCCAGUAAAGAGCAGCACUUGAUAAAGAAAAAAAAGCCACCAGCUAAAGUCAUGGCAGCUCCUGACCUCAACUUCCUUCCACGGCUUAGUGCAAGCAGCAGCAGCUCGUCCAGCUCUGACAGCAGCAGCAGUACUACUCAUUCUAGCUCUUCUGAUAGCAGUGACUCUGAAUCAGUGCCAAAAGCAAAGAAGCCAAAAAAUAAAGACUCUUGCCAAAAGGUUAAGACGAAGUCUAAGGUGAACCGUGCUGCCUGUGCCAAGCGGAUAUCGGAGACAAAGGAUUUGACAAAAGCCUCAGUUAAGACCUGUCAGCCUCCUCCUGCUGUGCAGUCCGCUGUAGCAGAAACCAAAGGCCAGCCAGCACCCUGUAACACAGACCAGACCUGUGAUGAGCUGACUCUAUCACCUCCAGAUUUGUCUGCCCUUUUAUCCCCCAUGGCAUCUCCAGGAGAGCUAAUGGACUGGGCUGCCCCCAGAUUCGAGCCAGGUCCAGUGCUGUCCCCUCUGAGAGACAGCCCACUGCCACCCAAAGAAGAGACCAGGUCCAAUUUCAGAUACCCUGAGGGUUUUCCUGAAGGUCAAGUGAUUAAUGUGCCUUACACACUAAACACAGCAAGUAGACCUGCUGAGGAGGACAAAGUCCAAAUCCCUAAAAAGGACAUUGUUCUGAAAAAUGCUGAGUCCUGGGCAAAACUGGUGAGGCAAUCAGUCACUGCAGCUACAAUCAAAUCCUCAAAGGAGAGUUUCCAGCAGUUCCGUAAGGCUGCCAUAGAAAAGGAACGGGAAAAGGCUCAGAAGAAGAAACCGAUCGAUGAGCCCAAGGAGACGGAGGCCCCUGAAAAGAGCAGCUUACCAGACUUGUGUAAAGCAGAAACAAACCCACAACCUAUCAAUGAGGAUCCUGAGUCACCAGAGACCAUUUGCACAGAAGCAGGCUCUCCUCAAGAUAUUGAGCCACAACAGCCAAACUCUCCCACAGCAGCACCACCUCUAACCACACAGUCCUCGCUGGAUAGGGAAAGAGAGAUGGCCCGCAAAAAGGAGCAGGAACGACGCAGGCGAGAGGCUAUGUCUGGUAUUGACAUGAGUAUGCAGCGGGACAUCAUGACUACAUUUGAGCUGAACCUGGACUAAAAGGAAACUGGGAUUAACUUGGAAAAAAAGACACAUAUUCAUUGAAUAACUUGAGCUGUUGAUUGUUUCCCUGGCACAAAAGACAACUUCACAUCAACCAUACGUGUUCUUGAGAUGAGAAAAUAAAAAUGUUAAAUGUGAAACAAACAGUAAAAUAUGAAUGGGUCUUGCCAUUACUUUGUAUUUGAAAUUGUAAAUGUCUGCACUGAUGCACUGUUGACUUUGAGAUGAUUGGGGUGACACUGUCAAAUGUCGAACCUGAAUCAAAUUUUUCUUGUGUGUUUUUUCUGUUCUUUUCACGUUUGGAUGAGUCCUCCUUCCAGCAACAUUAAGCUCAUUAAUGCAUCAAUACACUGUAGUUAAAUGUUUAUUAAACUGUGCAGUGAUGUUAAGUUCUUCUGUUGAGUUAUCCCAUUUGAUGAACCCUUACCACCAUAUUUCAGUUCAUCCUGACUUAAAUGUAGACACUGGUUUAUAUGUUUUGUUUUUUUUGAGAAGGCAUUCUUGCACAAAACAUACUUUAAAAUUUUGACCAAAGGUUGGUAGGUCCUUGUUAAGGUUUCCAAUGUGGAAUAGACGUAGAUAGUCUCCAUUCCUCGUUGGUUGUCUACUUGAAAUGCCAUGAAUGUGUUAACUGUACACGCACUGCACUUUGUUGUUCAUACAGUUCUGCCUGUUCCAAAGUUGCUUGAGGAGAUUAUCAACAUGUUCUGUAUGUUACAGUUUGAAUAUGCUAAAUAAAUAAGAAUUUCUUUUGUUUUUCUUUUUUUUUUUACUCAAAAAAUAAAGCUAUUUUCACUAAACAA